UAAAUAAAAAAAAAUUUGAAUAUUUUUGAAUUAUUUAUAAGAGAAGAAAAAAAAAAACAAUUAUUAAAAAAUUUUUAUUCAAAAUAACAUUCAAUAAUGGCAACUAAAUUAAGUGAAAAAUAUUCAAGGACUUUUCAAAAUUUAAGGACUUUUAAUAAUAAAUUUUACAGUUUAUAAAUUAUUUUAAAACAGCAACAAAAAAAUAUUUGAUAAAAAUCCGAAGAAAACCAAAAACAAAAAAUUAAUUUAAAGAUUUGGUAUCAAAGUUUUGCGAAAAAAUUUGGCAACAUUGAAAUUAAAAUUAAACAAAAAUAAAAACUUUUAUAAAAAUUUGGCAACAAUACAAAUAAAUUUUAAUAGAAAGUGAAUAAAAAAAAAAAAAACAAACAAUCAAACAGAGAAACUGUUAACAAAAAUUACUUUUUUUUUUUAUUUUUCUCAAUAAAAAAAUAGAAAAUAAAAAAUUAAGUUUUAUUAAAAAAUAUUAUGUACAAAUAUGGCAAUAGAUUUUUUAAUUUUAUGUUUAUUAUUAUUAUCAUUAACAAUAAAUGUACUUGCAUUGGGAGCAUUUUGGGUGACACCCGGCUUACGAACAACGGCUAAUCGUUUUGUGAUAAAUUUAUUAAUUGUUAAUAUUAUUGGAUGUUUAGCAUUAGCACCAACAUUAUUCUUACGUUCAAAUAGUUAUAGUUAUGAAACAAUUGAUCAAACAGAAAUUUAUAAAAAAUUAGAUCAUCAUCAAUAUCACCAUCAACAUCAACAUGAACAACAUAAUAAUUAUUAUGAUAAUCAAAUAUUUCAUCAUCAUCAGUUUAACUUAAGUAACAAUAAUAAUACAAAAAUAGAAGAAAAAUAUAAUGAUAAUAUUAAAAAUCAUAGCACUACUACUAGCGUCACAGAAGAAAAUAAUGAUGAUAUCAACAUAAAUUAUAGCAACAACAAUAAUAAAAAUGUUGCGGAAGAAGCAAUUUGUAUGGGAAAUUUAUGUAAAAAAAUCAUUAUUAACAAUAGUAAUAAUUUGGAUGACAGUAAUACAAUAAAAGUAUUAGAAGAAAAUGAGAGAAGACAUGAGAAAAAUAUUAUUAAAAUUGAAAAUGCACAAAGAUUCAAAAAUUAUUAUCAUAACAAAAAUAAAAAUAAUAAAAAUGUAAAUUAUAAAAAUUCGAAAAUUACUGACAACAUUGAUGACAGUAUUGAUAGUAGUGUUAAUAGUAAAAGUUUCUCAUCAUAUGAAGAAUCAUAUUCAAAUCUAGCUUCUGACACUACAAUAAGAGAUAGUAAAAAAGGAAUUGGUGAUGAUGAUGUUGAUACAAUUGAUUUGGACAACAUUGAAUCAGAUAAAAGUAAAAUAAUUAACGAUAAUGAAAAUAAAAUGCAGUAUGAAAGUAAAAAGAAUAAUGAUGGAAAACUCGAAAAACAAAUUAUUUUUUUAACAGAAGAUGAUGAAAAAGAAAUAAAAAAUCAUAAAUUACAAAAUUAUAGAAAACAUUAUCGUGACAGAAAAGAUAAAAUUAUUUCAAUUUCAGAAUCUUCACCACAUAAUAAUGAUGAUGUAUUGUUGAAUUCACAGGCUUCAGUAAAGAGUCAUACAAAUAGAAUAACAGAAAAUCAUAAAAAUGACAAAAAUAACUUUGAAAAUUCUCAAAAUGGUGCUGAAAAUUCUAAUAAUUUUGAUGAUAUUGAUGAAUAUAUUGUUGAAAGCAAUGACGAUGAUCGUGAUUACAAUUUAAAUAAUGUUAAUAAUUUAGAUUAUAAAAAUAAUAAAAAUUUAUUACAUAUACAAAGUGAUAUUAGAUGUUGGUCAUUAGAUCUUGUUGCAGCAUUAGGUGCUUUAUCAGUAUUAUUAAUUGUAGGUGAUACAUGGUGUGCUGUUACAGAUCCAUUACGUUAUCAUAGCAGAAUAUCAGGUUUAAAAGCUUGGUUAUUAAUUGCUAUAAUAUGGUUCUUUUCAAUUUUAUUUGGUAUAUUGUCAGCAUUACGUGAAACAACUUUAACCAGUGAAACAAUAUUAAGACCAAAAUUAAAAAUUCAUAAUAAUGAUAAUAUUAAUGAUGAUAAUCAAAAUGAUACAGAAAUAGUUAAUACAGAAAUUUAUACAACAAUAUCAACAUAUUUAGAUGGUGAUUUCAUUGAGAAUACAACAUUCCAUAGAAAAGAUGGUUUAACAUUUGAAAUGAUUAUGUUCGGCCAUGAAAACUUAUAUAAUAUGAUAUUUUCAUGUAUAUAUUUUAUUGUGAUAAUCUUAACACCAUUUAUAUUAGUAUGUUGUAUGUAUUGGAGGAUAUUUUCAGAAGCACGUGAAAAUGGUUUAAGAAUGCGUCAAAAUGGUUCAUCACCAUUAUUACAAAGUGCAUUAAAUUUAGCGCAUCACAACAAUAAUAUGAAUCAAAAUAAAAAUCAUCAUUAUACACAUACAAAAAGUAAUUCACAUAAUCAUAUAUGUAUAAAUCCAUUACAUAGUUUUAAUGCAUCAACAUUACAUUUAAAUAAAGAUGAUUAUAAAAUGGAUGAAGGCCUACAAAUGCGUAUUGAUCAUUUUAAUGAUGAUGAUAAUACUACUGCAAAACCUUCAUUAUUAAUAUCUGGUGCAGUUUUAAAUAAUAAUACAAGUGAUAAUAGGAAUAGUAUUAGUAGCAAUAAUAAUAAUAACCAUAACAGUAGUAAUAAUGACAGUACAGAGCAUUCAAAUCGUUCAAGUGUAUCACCAGAUAAAUCAAACAAUAAAGAUAAAAACCAAAAUAAUAUUUUAUUAACAUUAUCAAAAGCUAAUGAUGAACUUAAACGAAAUUAUAGUACUCGUCAAUUGGCCUUAUUAGAUUUAGAUGAAAAUGAAUUUGAAAUUGGUAGUAAUGGAAUUAAUAAAAUUGCUAGCAAUCAAUUAAAUAGAUUUGCUAGUAUAAGACAAGUUCAUUCAACACCAAAUUUACAAAAAUAUAAUAAAGAAAAUAAUGAAUCAGAUGAUUCAUUAUCAGAUAUUGAUUUAAAUACAAAUUUUAAUAGUAUUAGACAUAAAAAUUUAAAUAUUAUUCAUAAUACAAAUAAUGUACGUCAUCCAUUUAAUAGAACACAAUCUUCAACUCAUUGUAAUCAUCAGCAUGCAUUACAAUUACCACCAAAUAUACAUCAGAAUACAUCAACAAAAGCUUUAAGUUAUAUGACAUCAAUACGUCAUCGUUUAUCAAAUGCAUCAUCAUUAUUUAAAUAUCGUGAAGAAUCUCGUGCAGCACGUAUAAGUAUACUAGUCGUUAUAAUGUUUCUAGUCUCAUAUUUACCAUAUGGUAUUUUAGUUCUAUUACAAGGUCGUAUAUUUUCAUUAUCAAAUCAUGCAACACAAUUAGCUGUUUUUGUUGUAUUAUUAGGUAAUUUAAGUUCACCAAUAAUAUUUGCUUAUCGUAAUAAACGUGUUCGACGUGGUGUCAAACGUUUAUUUAAUUUAGAUUCAAGAGCAAAAGAUCGUCAAUUACAUAAACGUGGUAUACAAAUAUCAACAUCACCAUCACAUCAUCAACAACAACAACAAAAUAAUCAUCAGAAGAAAAAACAUCAAUCAAGUAUUACAGGAUUUUUUUUACGUUCAAGUGCCAGUAAUUUUCAUAGAAAUAGCAGUAAAAAUUUUUGUAAUAAUAAUAAUUAUAACAAUAGUUCUAGUACAAAUCAAAAUAAUAAUAAUAAUAAUAAUAAUAACAAUAUUAAAAAAGAAAAAUGUGGUGCUAAACCAAGUAUUAACAUAACAACAAAUAAAAUGUCAGCGUAUACAUUGAAUACAUGUAAAUUUUUAUCACCAUCGGUUGCAGCAAAUGCUGCUGGCUCCCUAUUUAUUGAUUUAGAUAAAUGUAAUUAUUUAAAAAAAAAGAAGAAUGUUAGUUUAUCAACUAAUGGUGGUAGCUUUAUUAAAAUAUCAAAAGUUAAACGUAAUAGUAAUAAGCCAAUUGUACAAGAAGAAGAAGAAAUUAAUGAAGAUAAUUAUGUUGAAGAAUUAUGUGAUUUAACAAAACAAAAAAUUAAAUAUUGUAAUGAAAUUAAUAAUGACAUUCUAAUUGAUAAUACAUUAAUUGGAAAUAUUGAUAAAAAUAAUAUAGUUGCUGAUGGAGCUGGUAUAUUACAUGACCCAGUUAAAAUUAUAAUAAGUGAUAAUAGUGUUGCCAAUAAUUUUAUUAAUAAUAAUAAUAGUAAUAAAAAUAAUAGUAAUUGUAAUAGUAAUAGUAAUAUUAAUAAUGAAAAACGUUCAAUAUUAAAAAUUGUCUGCGAUAGUUCUAGAAAGUUGGGCUGUGCUAAUGGUGAAUCGUGUGCUAGCAGCGAUUGUGAAAUUGAACCAACAGAUGUGUAAAGUUAAGAUAUGUCUGCGUAUGUAUACAAUAUAAUGGAAAAAAAACAGAGAAAACUCUAUAUUUAUAUACUUUUUAAAAAGAAAUGAAUAAGAUAAUGGAGUUAAACAAAUGUGUUAAGCUUUAUUUACUGGAUAUAAGGAGGAUCUGAACAAAUUAUCAUACAUAAAUAUGGAUGUUUUUUGCGUUAUAACAUUAAUAAGUUGGUAAUGAUUUUCCUUAUUUUUUUUAAAUUAAAAAUUUAUUGAAUUUAUUUUCGAAAAUUUGUAAAAAUAUGAUUUAUUUUGAAAUAAUAAAAAUGAAAGUUUAUUAUUUAUUAAAUAUAAAGCAAAAGUUUUAUUUGCUUUAUAUUGAAAUAAAAUUAAAAAAAUUUAUUUUUCUCAA